AUGUCUAAAAAUCCAAAAGUUUUCUUUGAUAUUUUAAUUGGAAAGAUGAAAGCUGGGCGAGUAGUGAUGGAGCUGUUUGCUGAUACAACUCCAAAAACAGCUGAAAACUUCAGGGCUCUGUGUACUGGGGAAAAAGGGAUUGGUCAAUCCGGGAAACCUUUGCACUACAAAGGGUCCACAUUUCAUCGUAUUAUCCCAGAAUUUAUGUGUCAGGGAGGUGAUUUUACGAGAGGGAAUGGGACAGGAGGAGAGUCAAUCUACGGUUCCAAAUUUCUAGACGAGAAUUUCAAGUUGAAGCAUACUGGCCCUGGUAUUCUUUCCAUGGCCAAUGCUGGACCCCAUACCAACGGUUCUCAGUUCUUCAUUUGUACUACAACGACACCGUGGCUUGAUGGAAAACAUGUUGUGUUUGGAAAAGUUGUUGAUGGAUACAGUGUGGUGAAGGAGAUGGAAAAGGUAGGUUCGGGAAGUGGCAGGACAUCAGAAACGGUAGUAAUAGAAGAUUGUGGGCAGAUAGUGGAGAAAUGA